CACACACACAUGCACGCGCUCACACAGAGAGAAAAUCCUUCUGCCUGUUGAUUUAUGGAAACAAUUAUGAUUCUGCUGGAGAAUUUCUCAGCUGAGAACUAGUUUGUAGCUACAGUAGAGAGGCUCAUAUUGCACAAGGCAGACAGCAGACAUGGAAUUCUUGUGUAUCCAGCUGUUAUAAACAGAACAAAAGUCAAAUAGCAGACCACUAGUGCUGCAGCAACUGGUCUUAUCACAACCUGUUUUUAUAAGGAGAUAUCAGCAGAGAGUUGUUGAAGGAGGAAUCCUGUACUGGUAUCAGAAACUAAAGGAUAAGGGUAACAAUUUGGAAACAGCAACCACUUUUUUAAAGUCAAUCUACAAUUCACAGAUAGGAGGAGGUCCAUGACCUAGGAGUAACCAUCAACUCAAGUUUUAAUUUUCAUUAUGUUAUUCAUGGACACCCGGAGCACUACACUAUAAUGCACAAAUGGAUACUGACAUGGAUCCUGCCAACUUUGCUCUACAGAUCAUGCUUUCACAUUAUCUGUCUAGUGGGCACCCUGUCUUUAGCUUGCAAUGACAUGACUCCAGAGCAAAUGGCUACGAAUGUGAACUGUUCCAGCCCUGAGCGACAUACAAGAAGUUAUGAUUACAUGGAAGGAGGGGAUAUAAGAGUGAGAAGACUCUUCUGUCGAACACAGUGGUAUCUGAGGAUUGACAAGCGAGGCAAAGUGAAAGGGACUCAAGAGAUGAGAAACAAUUACAAUAUUAUGGAAAUCAGGACAGUGGCGGUUGGAAUUGUGGCAAUCAAAGGGGUGGAAAGUGAAUACUAUCUUGCAAUGAACAAAGAAGGAAAACUCUAUGCAAAGAAAGAAUGCAACGAGGAUUGCAACUUCAAAGAAUUAAUUCUGGAAAACCACUACAACACAUACGCAUCUGCCAAAUGGACACAUGGUGGGGGAGAGAUGUUUGUUGCCUUGAAUCAGAAGGGUGUUCCUGUGAGAGGAAGAAAAACCAAAAAAGAACAAAAAACAGCUCACUUUCUUCCCAUGGCAAUUACCUAAUCACUCAUGGUAUAUAAGAACCUGGUUCAGCAGGGAGAGUUCUUUAAGAUGACUAUUUUCUUUCUUUUUCCUUUUUUUCUUCUAUUUUUUUUAAAGUAAUCAAGACAGGCUGAAAACUACUGAAAACCUGAUCAAG